UAUAAAACACAUCACUUUAUACCCUUCAUAUCGUUACAUUUUGAACCCGUUUGGUAAUACUUAUUUAUUCAAAUUUAUGAAGUUCUGGGUGGAGUGGCUGUAUUUUACUGAUUAUGCUGAUUUAUGAAAAAAUUAUAUUUAAAAUAUUUGUUAUUAAUAAAAAAUAAAAAAAAAAUUAUAUGAAAAAUAGAUAAAAUGAUCCUCUAUAGUAACUUCAGCCUAUACAGCCAGAAAAGUAACUUCAACCUUACUUUUUUCUUCUUAUUAAAUAAUUCAGUGCGCGAAAUCAAAAGUUAUGUGUUUGGUGAAAAACUUGCUGAUAAAUCUGAUAAGUCGAAAAAAAGGGUCACCAAACGGGCUCUUAUAGUAUUAAACAAAUAUACUCCGUACAUUGUAGGGCUAGAUGGAUAAUAUUUUUAUAUUUCCUAAUAUGUAUAAUUAUCUGUUCUAAACAAAAAUCUAUUAUAAGGACUUAUAAGUACAUAUCUAGCUAGAGAGGGCAGUUCAUAUACAUAGUUCCUGAAGAGCAGGCCCCUGUGGACAAGCCCAUCAGAGGGUCUUUCCGGUGGAAUUUUUGAUGAAACUUUUUGAGCAUGUUCUCCAUCAAGUCUAGUUUAUCCAUACCAAAAUUCACCUCAAAAUUCGAUCGGGAAGGCAGUCAAAUAAAUUCUGGAAAAAUACUGAGCAUUCUGCGCACAUAUAAUAUGCAAUAUGUUUCCAGAAUUUAUUUGACUGUCUUCCCGAUCGAAUUUUGAGCUGAAUUUUGGUAUGGAUAAACUAGACUUGGGAUGUUUUCUUUUGGACUGAAAUUUGCUGGUCUGGUCUGGUCUGGUCUGUUUAAGUCUGGUCUGGUCUGAUCUGAACUGGUCUGGUCUGGUCUGAACUGGUCUGGUCUGGUCUGGUAAACGGCUAGUCUCUGUGUAUUUUAUAACUACGGAAGUCUAGUCUGGUCUGGUCUGGUCUGUUUAAGUCUGGUCUGGUCUGGUCUGUUUAAGUCUGGUCUGGUCUGAUCUGGUCUAUUUAAGUCUGGUCUGGUCUGGUAUGGGACUGAAAACAGUCCAAAAGAAAACAUCCUUGAUGAGGAGCAUGCUCAAAAAAUUUCAUCAAAAAAAUCCACCGGGAAGACCCUCUGAUGGGCUUGUCCACACGGGCCUACUCUUCAGGAACUUCUGAUAGAAACGGGACUCUCUAGCUAGAUACAUUUACAUACGUGAAGUGUGAAUCGUGAUUGAUAUCGACGAUAGUGACAUACGUCCAUAUAUACUAUCUUAUGGAAAUUAAUAUAGCAUACAAGAACUUUGAACAAAUGGGGAAAUUAAUUCUUAAUCUAACAACAUUAUAAUUGUGAAUGAGGGUUGAUACCCUUGAUUUGUGUCAAUACAUCUUUACAUAAAAAUUUGUGCAUUAUGCUUAGAAAAUGAUACCUAACUUUUCAAGUGACUUUAAUAACCCUAAUGGUGUAAACUUUCGUUAAGUUACUUGAUUCAUAAAGACAUUUAAAUACUACUUACUAUGAUAAAUUCGUGAACUUUAAAUAAAGUAAUAUGGGAACUAUUUAUAUUAAAAUAAGUAAUAAUCAAAUUUCGUAUAUUAAUAUGCACUUUUUAAACUUUUUCAAGUUUGAAGGGUUCGGCGGUUUACCGCCGUUGCCUUAGUGUAGCCCGAUAUUGCCCUCUUCGCCUGUCAACCUUGGUUCGAAUUGUAUCGAUACUAAGGAAGGGCGAGAAUGUGGCUUUGGUUUGUUGCUAUCGGCAGGUUUUGGUAGAGUGCAGACGAAGACAUCAAAUUCAACUGCUGUGGCUGUGGGUUUGGGACGAGCAAGCUUUUCUCUCGAAGGGGCAUAUCGGCGGCUGUGGUUUGGGAUUUUUCAACUAUGGAGGAUGUGGUAGAGCAGUAUAGACGACUGGCUUUGGAGAAAGAAAAUAGUACAUUGAAUUUUGAUGAUGAGGAAGAAGAAGAAGAAGAAGAAGAAGAAGAAGAAGCAACCGUUCCAAAGGCAAAGGUGACGGAGUUUCCGGUGGUGGGAGUCAUCCUCACCGACCGGAAAGUCAAAUCUCAGUCAGUACAGGAACUGUUUGUAUCGCUCUGGAGGCCAGGAAGAGGAAUGGCGUUUCAAGAAAUUGAUGAAAAGAGGUAUCUUUUCACUUUUAAUCAUAAAAUUGAUAUGAAUCGUGUUAUAGAAGAUGGUCCUUGGCUAUUUGAGCCGAAUCUGUUACUGCUAAAGGCAGUUGGCCCUAAUGAUAUACCGCAUAAAAUGGACUUGUUUGAAGCAGAAUUCUGGGUGCAAGUGCACAAUGUGCCGUACAAGUUUAUGAAUGUAGAUACUGCUAGGAGGGUGGGUAACUAUAUUGGGGAAUUUAUUAGUUUUGAUGAAAGCCACUUUAAGGGAAAAUGGAGUUCUUACUUGAGGGUUAGGAUAAAGAUGGAUGUCAGAAGACCCCUAAAAAAGGGUUCCACUUUGACUAAGGGAGGGGAAGGACACUGGGUAGAUUUUAAAUAUGAAAAACUACCAAGCUUCUGCUUCAUUUGUGGGAUUAUGGGGCACUCUGAGAAGUUUUGUCCAUUAAAAUAUGUGGAGGGUCUAGUUUUGGAGAAAAAAUUUAGUGAUGAUCUCGGAGCAGGUGGUGGGGGUAAGAUUAGCCCCACGAGGGGCGGUAAGUGGUUGGGGGAUAAACAGGGAGGUUCGAGUCAGCACUGGAGGGCUCAACAUAAUGGAGAAGGCACUAUGGGACAAGAACGUAGGGGAAAUACAGCUGAGUCUGAAAGCAGUGGCACAGAGGAAGAGACUAGAAGCGGUGCAGGGGAGGUCGCGGUGGAUCAAAAGCGCAGGAGAGUCUGGAAGGAACCGUCAGAGGAAAACAACUCAGGGGAGGAGAUGGCACUGGACAACACAAAAAACGGGGAGGAGGCGAGUCUCAGCUCCUAGGCCCGCCUGAUGUGUUCAUGAAGCUGCAGGUGCAGAGUUUCCACAAUGGUGCUUAUUUUAUUAUUGCUUGUUUUGUUUCUUUUGAUGGUCAGACUGUUGUUUUGGUUAUUUGUUUUGGUUAUUUAUGUAAGACUCUUGCAUUAGGCUCGGGUGAUGAGUGUGCUGCAGUAACCAUUAUUGGCUCAGUUAUGCCUAGUUUAGGAUCAGCGAGUUAUAUUGCUUUUUUGAAGGUGGUUAACUCAGAGUCUGGCCCAAGGGCAGAUGAUUAUCG